UGAGGCAUACGCACGUCGUUUUUGCCGCGCGCGUUGUUUUAAACCCCUCUUUUUUGAAAGAGGCUCACGAAAACCGAAACUGAAAACUGAGUCAAACGAACAACACGCACACUUCUCUACUAUGUGCGUGUGUGCGAGUGGCCACUAAAAGUAAUAUCGUGUUUACAAAAAAAAAAAAAAAAAAUACCUGUAAUACUACACAAAUAGAAACAAAAAGUGCAAGUGUGGUAGCAAUAAUAACAGAAACGUUUUCAAAGAAAAUAUGAGGAAGUGCAUGCAGUGGAAAUUGAAAAUCUUUGAGCUUUAUGGUUGAAGUUCCGAAUUUGUUGCGUGCCGAAAACAUUUGUCAAGCAUUUGUUGUUAUUGCUAAGGAAACUGAGAAAACUGUUGCGGUUGCGGUUAAUUAAAUCGCGAGAAGUGGAACACAAGAACUAAUCAUCUGACGACCCCAAAACUGAACAGAAUUUAAAAAAUCAAAACAACAUGAAAAGUGGGGAAGCUGAGUGUAAAUCCCUGUAAAGGCAAGGGCAAAACUUCUGCAUUAUCAGACUCAGGCAGCACUAAAAGGAGAACCCCCGGGAACAACAACUUAAUGUCCAAAUGAAAUAAGUGAAAUUUUCACACCGAAAUUAAUAAAGACAUUAGUGCGUGUGGGCGUGGCUCAUUUGGGGCAUUUAACGGAGGCAAAGAUGUGUGCACUGGAUCCCUUUACCCAGCACCAGCUGCCGCACCACCAUAAAACCGAGCACCACCAAUGCCACCAACAGCUGAGGGUGGAGCAACAGGCUCCGGGCACGAGGAAAUCUGCCACAAGAAGGACGGCGGCCACGAGUUUGCAGAUCUGGUAUAUCCUACAUGUGAUACUAGUCCUAAUCGACAUUAGCAGCUCGCUGACAAUGACCGAGGUGAAGAUACCCAAUCACAUAAUGCGCCUGAAGAGCGCCACUCUGGGCUGUCGUUACGCCCUCGAUGGAGAGUCGCUGUACUCGGUGAAGUGGUAUAAGGACGGGCACGAGAUCUACCGCUACGUGCCACGCGAUAAGCCCCCCGGACAGUCCUUUCCCCUCCCGGGAGUCAACAUCGAUCUGCGUAACUCCUCGGACACCCAGAUCCUCCUGCGCCGCGUAACGCUUCAGAGUUCCGGAGUGUAUCGGUGCGAGGUGUCCGGCGAGGCGCCCGCAUUCAACACCGUAUCCGAAUCGGAGACCAUGACGGUUGUGGUGACUCCCAACCACGGACCGAAGAUAACCGGCGGCCAGCCGCGAUAUCAAAUUGGAGACACCGUCCGGGUUAAUUGCACCUCGUCGCCGUCCAAGCCCGUCUGUCACCUGAGCUGGCUAAUUAACGGAGAACCGGUGCAGAAGACUCACCUGCGGCAAUUCGACAAGGUGGUGGUGAAUCGAGAUGGCCUGGAAAUGGCCCGUCUGGGAUUGGAGUUCCGGGUGAGGGCCUAUCACUUCAAGCACGGCGACAUGAAGCUGAAGUGCGUGGCCAAGAUCAGCUCACUAUAUCUGCAGAGCAACGAGGAAAGUGUGGAGAGCGAUCGGCAGCAGAGGGCUCCAGCUUUAGAGUCUCGGGAGACGGUGGCAGCCAAGUCCAGCACGAUUGGUGCCGCCGCUUCUAAACUGCCUUCUUGCCUCAUUGCGUUGCUGCCUCCGGUUUUCCUGCUGCUGCUGUUUCAAGAUUGGACUUGCCCCAGAGACAGUUAACUACUUCGAGAAUAAGGAUCGUCAAAACUAAUGCCCAUUAACUAGCUGAGCCGUUCGAAAAAGCAGACAUAUCCUAUGCCAAAAACUUUAAGACAAAAACCAAAGGAUUUAUUUAUAAAAAGACCUUUGGUUAGAUUCAAAAUUCAAUCGAUGUAUGUGUGUACGAAAAUGAGAGAAACUCCCUAAUUAAGAGCCAGAUAUUGUACUAAAAUAUCAAAAUGGUAACUACUCAAAGCGAGCAUUUAAGCAGAGGCUAAGAAAAUGUAAAUAUUUAUUCGUAGCAUUAGGCAUUGGUCGGUAGCAUUAAGACAUCGUUAUUUAGGCAAAACAUUCGUUGAUCUUUUGUGAUAUUUUCUUCAUUUUGAAAACGAAAGGAAGUAAAACUAAGUAGAGCUCUUUUUGAAGUCAACCCAUUCCAUCUGAGUUUUUCCUUCCUUUCCAAUUUAUCCACCCUCUUCUGGCAUAUCAAAAGCAACCAAACAUUUCGAUUGUAAAAAUACAUAUUUGCACUUUGAUCUACAUACCAAAUCAAGUCUAAAGCUAAACCCAAAACAAACUUUUCAUUAACUUAAGAAUCUAAGCAAGUGUAAGAAAUUUGUAAAGCAAAAGUCUAAGUCUUUAUAGCAUUAAGCUGAUGAAAGAACUAAUUAUUAACAAAAUACCAUGCAAAAAAUAAGCUAAGCUCAGAUUAGUCAAAACAUGCAAUUGCAUUCCAAAAAUUCCUCAAAGAGAAAUACUUAAUUUAAGAAUAUGCGAUCAGAAGCCUGUAAAUAGCUUGAGAAGAAGCCAAGGAUUGCACAAGUUGAAAACUUUAAAAUUUGGCAAAAGUCUCGAUCUUAGUGUGUGUAUGUAAAU